GCGGCACCAGUGCAAGCAAGAAGCGAAGAACAUUUAAGAAAAACACGCCAAGACAAAAAAAAGAAAUUUCGAUAGUGAGACGAAGCAAAGCAAGGCGAUUCUCAUUCAUGGGGGCCGUCCUCGGCACCGGGAGGGUGGGGACUCUGACUCGGGUGGCGCUGACGAUCGUCGUCUUCCUGCUGCUGUUGCCGUCGCACGCCCUCGCCGCGGCCGUCGCGAAGGACACCUCCGCCACACUGGUCGAGACGCUGCCGCUGCCCACGACGCUGGUCGGCCCAGAGAGCGUCGCGUUCGACAAGUUCGGCGAUGGCCCCUACAGCGGCGUCUCCGACGGCCGCAUCCUCCGCUGGGACGGCGCCGACAAAGGCUGGACGACGUACUCCCACGCCCCGGGGUACAACGUCGCCAAGUGCAUGGCUCCCAAGCUCCAUCCCGCGGAGCUCACCGAGAGCAAGUGCGGCCGGCCGCUCGGCCUCCGGUUCCACAACACCUCCGGUAACCUCUACAUCGCCGACGCGUACAAGGGCCUCAUGCGUGUCGGCCCGCGCGGCGGGGAGGCAACGGUGCUCGCCACGGAGGCCGACGGCGUGCCGUUCAAGUUCACCAACGGCGUCGACGUCAACCAGGUCACCGGCGAGGUCUACUUCACCGACAGCAGCACGCGCUUCCAGCGAUCCCAGCACGAGAUGGUCACGGCCACCGGCGACUCCACGGGCCGCCUGAUGAAGUACGACCCGACGACGGGCUACCUCGACGUGCUCCAGUCCGGAAUGACGUACCCGAACGGCCUCGCCAUUAGCGCCGAUCGGAGUCACCUCGUGGUGGCGCUGACGGGGCCGUGCAAGCUGGUGAGGCACUGGAUCGAGGGCCCCAAGGCCGGUACGUCGGAGCCGUUCGCCGAGCUGCCGGGCUACCCGGACAACGUGAGGCCCGAUGGGAAGGGAGGCUACUGGGUGGCGCUGCACCGCGAGAAGACCGAGACGCCGUAUGGCUCGGACACCCACCUCCUCGCCGUAAGGAUCGGUCGCAAGGGGAAGAUCUUGCAGGAGUUGAGGGGGCCGAAGAACGUCAGGCCAACGGAGGUGAUUGAGAGAGGCGGCGGCAAGCUUUAUUUGGGUUCGGUGGAAUUGGGUCAUGUGGCUGUUGUUAAAGCUACUUAG